AUGUACUUCUUUAACACUUGCAGAGAUGCAUUGUGGCAGUUAAUAGGAUAUAAGGAGGGCCAUCGACGACGGAUUUCCAGGAAAAAAAAUAAUUCCUCAAGCAUACAGGGAGUCCUGAGAAAACCAAUCACGACUUCCAAGAGAAGCAUAAUUCUUCUUCCUUCUGAAGAGGAAAUAGUCUUCCGUAGACCAACUCGCCCAAGGAAACUUUCCACUAAGAAAAGGUCCUUGAGCGACGAGGUAACUGGCGCUGGUCGCCAGGACCAAGGCGCUGGCCGCCCAACCACAGGCGCUUCAUCGCCACAAGGCGCUGGCCGCCAAACACCAGGCGCUAGUCGCCAAGCAUCGGGCGCUUCGCCGCCUAAAGGCGCUAGUCGCCAAGCAUCGGGCGCUUCGCCGCCUAAAGGCGCUAGUCGCCAAGCAUCGGGCGCUUCGCCGCCUAAAGGCGCUAGUCGCCAAGCAUCGGGCGCUCCGCCGCCUCCAGGCGCUAGACGCCAAACACCAGGCGCUAGUCGCCAAGCAUCGGGCGCUCCGCCGCCUCCAGGCGCUAGUCGCCAAGCAUCAGGCGCUUCGCCGCCUCCAGGCGCUAGUCGUCAAAUACCGACCCCGCAGGGCGCUGGCCGCCAGGAACCAGACAUCUUUCUAGAAAAAGACACCUUCUUGCCGACUAAGAGGACUCGUCCAGGAACGCCAGAGAUCCUCGAGGACCAAAAGAAGAGGAGGAAAAAAUUGUAA